AUCGUGCGCGCUGGGGGACGUUUUUUUCUGUUUUGGUCCCGCCUCUCUCAUGGAAACCCUUCCUGGAAGAGAGGGAGACAGGAACAUAAAUACAGCUCCGGUGGUCGUGUUUCCUGUUUCGUAUCCAUCUGUAAUUUUAUCCGUUGGAGUGAGUUGGCUCUCAUGGCUGAUUUUGUGUCUCGGAUCUUAUUAUUUUGUGUUUUAUCUGCUGUUGUUUGGAGCUCUGUUCUGGCCGGACGCAGUGAUGUGAUGGAGCUGAAUGACUUGGAUUUUGACUACAUAGCAGACGAGCAGGAGACCAUGCUGGUCAAGUUUUACGCUCCAUGGUGUGGUCACUGUAAGAAACUCGCUCCUGAGUUUGAAGCCGCUGCUAAAAAACUUAAAGGCAUCGUGACCUUAGCCAAGGUGGACUGUAGGACAAACACAGAGGUCUGUGGGCGAUUCGGGAUCAGCGGAUAUCCAUCUCUUAAAAUAUUUAGGAACGGAGCAGAAACGUCCACAUAUGAUGGUCCUCGUUCAUCAGAUGGAAUCGUGGACCACAUGAAAAAGCAGGCGGGACCCGACUCAGUGCUGCUGCACAAUGAAAAAGACCUGGAGGCCUUCAUUGACCACCUUGAUGCUAGUGUAAUCGGAGUGUUCGAGAGCAGCGACAGUCCUCAGCUGGUGGAGUUUCUAAAAGGAGCCAGUCUGAUGAGGGACAGCUUUCGCUUCGCUCACACCACCGACAUGCAGCCCGGCCUCAAAUAUGAUCUCGCGUCAGAGGGUGUCCUGCUGUUCAGGCCUCCCAGGUUGGCCAGUAAGUUUGAGGAUAGUGUUGUACAACACACAGGCCCGUUUUCCAUCACUGGUUUACGCCGGUUCAUCAGAGACAACAUUUAUGGAAUCUGCCCACAUCUGACUAAAGAAAAUAAAGAUCAGCUGAGAAAGAGAGACCUGCUGACGGCGUAUUAUGACCUCGAUUAUCUACGCAACCCCAAAGGCUCUAAUUACUGGCGAAACAGAGUAUUAAAGGUAGCAUCUCAAUACAAGGAUCACAGCCUGCACUUCUCUGUGGCGAACCGGCACGACUUUAUUGAUGAGCUUGAAGAAGAGUUCGGUCUGGGUACAACGGAAGUGAGCGACAUGCCGUUUAUCACCAUCAGGACUCGAUUAGGACACAAAUACACCAUGCGUGAGGAGUUCACACGGGAUGGAAAGUCUUUAGAAAUGUUUCUGGAGGAUUAUUUUGCUGGGAGAUUGAAGCGUUACGUCAAAUCACAGCCUGUACCUGCUAACAACAAUGGACCAGUCAAGGUGGUCGUCGCAGACACCUUUGAGGAGAUUGUGAAUGAUCCUGAGAAAGAGGUACUGAUUGAAUUUUAUGCUCCGUGGUGCGGCCAUUGCAAGAAACUCGAACCCAAAUAUGAAGAACUUGGACAGAAGCUUUAUAAAGAUCCCAGCAUUGUGAUUGCUAAGAUGGACGCCACAGCCAACGAUGUCCCUCAAGGCUAUGAUGUAGAAGGAUUUCCCACGAUAUAUUUCGUUCCUGCUUUGAGAAAAGACGAACCAAAACGUUAUGAGGGGGGCCGUGAAGUCAAGGACUUCCUCGCUUUCUUAAAACGGGAAGCGACCAACCCAUUGGUGCUAAAAGGAGCGAAGGAAGAGUUGUGAUCUAUCCUGAAUACAGAGGGAAUGCUGGGAAAUGUGGUUUGUUUUAUCCGUCUCCUCCGUCUGGGUGUGUUGUACUGAAGGUCACUCGGGUCCUCCAGAGGUUCAGCCGUACACAUCGGUUAAGAAAGUGCAGAAACAAUCUAUAAGCUGCUGACGGUAUAGAUGGUGACACGAGGAACACGAAAAACAGCGAACGGUUGUAUUUGGUGGUGGUGGUCAAUGUUUUUCUUUUCUUUUCUGAACUGAAAUAUUUAUACUAGACUUCACAUAAAGUCAUAAUGCAUUUUUGUGGCAUGCUGUUAUAGGAAAAUAAUCAGUGACUGAUUCAUAAUCAACGAGUGGUACGAUGUGGUCUGAUUUUUACUUAAUAAUCAUUUAGAAUAUAGCAGCUAAUCAGAACAAUUUUGCAUCGUUUGACUGAUUAUGUAUUUGUUUUCUUAAAGGUGAUGUGUCCAUGUUUAUUAUCAACAGAAACAUUUUAUUUUUGUAAUCUUUUUUUUUUUUUUGGAUCCUAAUUUCAGCUUCAACAUCUGACAGAUUUUCCCAGACUGCCACACAAAUACUUUAUGAAAUACAAAAUAAAUCCUAUAUGAACUUGUACCUGGAUGAAAUUUUGGAGUUCUCUGAGACCUGAAGACUUCUACUUCUCUUUAUUUCCCUUUCCUUCCCUAUAUCCUGCUGUAUUUUGACCCCAUUAAUUCCCCUGUAGAGUCCCACCUGUAGUCUGCACGUUUCGCCAUCAUGUACAUUUAUUCAUAUCUUUUUAUAAAGUGCAUUUCUCUGUGAUACCUCUGAUUAAAUAAAGCCUAUUUGAUUAUUUA